UCACGCCAUUGCGAACUUGUCGGAGGGGUACCAGUGAGGCCCCGGAGAGGGAAACUCGUGGGGGCCUCAGUGGGCUCCUCCGUGAGCGGUGGCGGCCAGCGUUCGAACAGGACUCUGGCGAGUCGCGCGAUACUUGGCGCUUCGCUUCGAUCGCGAGCCAAGGAAGAUAUCUCGGAUAAGAAUCGACAACGACGUCGACGACGACGGGAUCGGGGUUGCGUCGCGGUAACGACGCGUCACCUAAGAGAAAAAGAUUUUUUUUUUUCAUCCCUGAAAGUGACGACUCUUCCACACGCAAGGGAAGUACAUCCCUUUUCUCUGUCACGCGAAGUGCGAGAAGUCCGAUCGGCCGGCGAUCGGCGGAGGAGGACGACGAACCGGAAUGGAGAGAAGGCAGCAGCGUCGUUGUCGUGAUUCUACCAGCUUCCAAGGUUGAAGGCCCAGCGCGAAUACACAGCCGCCACCAGAAAAUAUGGGCUCGGAGGCCUGGGAGCUGGAGAGGAGAUACUCGGUGCCGGGAGCUUUGGACACCAGGGGGUUGGAACCGCCGGCCAGCGAGGAUCUACACGCAUGGUCGAUUUACAGGCAAAACCUGAACUCCGACUUCACGGACUCCGCGCUCGGCUCCGCCGAGAAGUCGCCUCUUCCGUACGGGAACUUUCAGUUGCGCGACUCCACGGUGCAGAGCAUACUGCGGCAUCCGCGAUAUGGUCCCAAGAGUCCGUUGGCCAAUAACUCUUACACGUAUUUGAAGUUCGGUUUGCCACGCGUCUUGCCGCCCAGCUCGCGGAAUCGCGACGGUUCCAGCGGUUACGACUCCAGCGAGGAAGGACGACGUGUGUCGCACGCAGGUGCUCCGGUGCAUACAACCUCAAUCAUGCGUUCAGCAAGAAGCGAUCCGGAUUUCAGGCAUGUUCACGCUGUCCCGAGGGAGCCAGCGCAUUCACAAUUAACUGUCGCGAGAGACCAUCCGAGGUUGAGGAGUGCCAGCGAGGCUAAUCUCUUGCAAAGUGCCGUCAGGACCAAUCGGCGACACAGCAUCGCGCCGAUCGAUCCCGGUUACAUAGCGCAUGGACAUGGUAUCCUUGGACCGGAAGGUUACGCGCUGCCAUUGAGACCCAUGCCAUGUCUGCAGCAUCCUCACCUACAGCUGCGAGGUGUGGAGGCUUCAGGUUCGGAUGGAUUGCCACUUCUUCGUGGUAUUACCCUCGAGGCUGGCGCCGCCGAGGUACUGGCUAUUAUGGCGACUACCGAGAAGGAAGGCACGCAGAUCGUUGAGACGAUUGCGGGUAGGAGGCGGAUAAAAAGGGGCGAUAUUUUGCUCAAUGGAAGAUCUGUAUCAGCACGCAGCCUAAGAUCUCGCGUCGCCUAUCUACCCACGGAGAAUGGCCUUAGCCCCGGACUGACUGCUCAGCAGACUCUCAGCUUUUACAUGUUACUGAGAGGUGGCCGUAAUACCACCACACUCGAGGCUGAGGCUAUUCUGCAGGAGCUCGGCUUGGAGGCGACCAAACACUGCCUGGUGAAUACCUUGACGACCUCCGAGGCUCGACGAUUAGCCCUCGCUUGCCGAUUGCUUCAGGACUCGCACAUCCUCGCUCUAGACAAACCCACGCACGGUCUGGACAUCUUCGAUGCCUUCUUCCUGGUCGAGUACCUGAGACAGUGGGCCAGCCGCGGUCAACGUCUCGUCGUCUUGACCCUACACCCACCCACUUACGAGAUCUUGACGAUGGUAUCGAGAGUCGCGCUCACGUCCGGCGGACGAGUCAUGUAUUCCGGACUUAGAAGAGACAUGCUGCCAUAUUUCGCCCUCGCCGAGUUUCCCUGUCCGCCAUUCAAGAAUCCGUCCGAUUACUAUCUUGAUUUAGUAACGCUGGACGAUCUAUCGGCGGAAGCGAUGUUGGAGUCCUCGCAGAGGAUAGAUCAUCUGGCGGAGCUAGCUAGAACGAGGCUACCUCCUAUCAGCGAUCCUGGUCCACCUGGUGCACUUCCUCCUUCGAUGCCCGGACCCAAUAUAUUUAUACAACUGUACGCGCUAUUGUUACGAACGCUCGUCUACAGUCAACCGUGGACGUUAACAAGACUGCUGCGGAAAAUCGUCAUUUCCGCGUCGCUCAGUGUUUUACUCGGUGCAAUAUUUUGGGAUAUCGCUAGCGAAUCAAAUCUAUAUUUGCGAGAUAGAAUAGGCUAUCAUUACGCUAGUUUGGGUAUCUUUUUCUGGCCGCUGUGCCUCCUGGCGAUGUGCGACGUGGCUAAUAGCAGACCGAGUGUGGAGAGGGACAUCAGAGACGGGCUCUAUGGUCGAUUCAUGUAUAUUCUCCUAGAGCUCAUCUGCAGCGUGCCGUCUUGGUGUGUGGUCUACCUGAUAUAUCUAGCGCCAGCAUUUGCGAUGUCGGGAUUGCAUCUUGUGCCUGACGAGAACCUAAUGUCAAUGUGGAAUUACCUCGCCAUCGGUUUAUUGUAUUUGAUAAUGCAGCACCUCAUCUGUACGUUCUUCGCACACGUGUGCAAGUGGAUCUAUCUGGCGGCGUUGUUUGCCGGAAUAGUGCUGGGCGAGAUGACCUUGGCCGGCGGGGUGACUCUGCACCUGGACAAUCUGCCGUCGUGGUAUCAGCAGAUCAGCCCAAUGCAGUGGUCCAUGUCACUGCUGUUGCCGCGUCUACACAAGAGCGAAAGUGUGGGAAAGCUGGCCAAUUGCAAGCCCAAGCAGAUCCAACGGCAGGACAUUAUCAUCCAGGCAGCGUGCGAGCCACCUGACGGUGCGUUGGCUCUUCGUGAGAUCGCCCUCGAUAAGUUAAACGUGCGAGGGGAAUUUUGGCUGGGCAUCGGAGUGACUAUCGUCGCUGUGCUCAUCAUUUUCGGAUUCUUGUUUGUCAAGUAUGCCACUCCGAAGAGGCCCAGAAGUGCCCCCAACAAACCCUGAUUGCACGUUGAAGAGACUUUAUCGCGAAGUAGAAUUCAAACUGUACAAUCUGAGUGCCACGAAGUUGAUUUAGGUAUUCGUGAGCUUUCAGUCUUCAGAGCGAGUCAUGACAGUAAAGCUCCUCGUUGAUAUCAUGCUUCAUUGUAGAUUAACCCUUUGCGGUCCGCCGACGGCACAAUGCCAUCACGCAAUAGCCAUGGCACAAAAAACUUGAGCAGUAAAAUAUAAGCAGUAAGCAAAUUGGCCAAUGACAGUAGAUACGUAUAUCAUAAGACAAUAGCAUAAGCAAUAAUAAAUCAAACAUGUUGAUUUCCUUACUACUUACGUUUAAUUUACUGUGUAAAUUUUUUGGUGUGCCAUGGCUCUAAAAAUAUCAGUUUUAUUGUCAAAUACAUAUAAUUAUUAUAUUGCACGCAGUUGUCAUAAAAAUUAAUAACAAAAGUACUUUAAUAAAUGCUUUUAUGUCGCAAAUGUUUACGUGAUUCAGUUCACAUUAUAAUCGGGCUUAUAAUUAAUUUAUUUCAGCCGAUAGUCAAAUGAUGCGAUAAUGUAAUAAACACACGGAUCGCAAAGUGUUAAAAAUCACACAUACCUGCCAGGUAUGAACUCGUUAAACAUUUUCAUUGUUGACAUUCUGUCUUCGCGGAUAUCAUCUACAGGUUUCCUAUUUUAAAUUUUAGCGACUAGAUCUUCGAGCUUGAUUUUGACGAAAAGCAAGCUUGACUUUGACCGAAUCUACUUUGCUAAUUCGCAUUGCGCUCGUAAAAUUUCGUCAAUGUCUACUUCAUUGCGAUUCUUUAAAGGAAUAAACUUUAGAGACUCGCAGAGUAGACAGAAAAGCGAUAUGGAGUACAAAGCAUAACGAGAUAUUACUUUAUACUCCGAAAUAGAAAUUCGCUGUUUAUAGACAAUAGAUAAACGCGCUUAAUACUUCGUAUAUUGUCCUAAUUGACUUUUUGUUGUAAUCCUAUGAAAUAAACAUUUUCACAAAACGAA